AUGGAGCGCUGUGGCAAUGCUGGGUUCCGAAACCCGGAUGAUGAGCACAGAUUUCUGAGCACAGAGGGGAAGAGCGGAAAGCUCCGACCCGGAGGACGGAAAGUUGGGGCAGGAGGUAGCGGGCUGCUGGAUCUGCCACUCGGCGUCAAAAUCCCUGUGCAGCCUGGCACCAAGCCUGUCUUCUGCAGGACAAAGCUGGGGGAAAAGCUUCACCAGCCUUCUCCAUAUUUUGAUCUGGGAGAUCCUUACUGUCGCCAUCUAGGCACAGAAUACAACAGCCUGCAUGACCCAUGUCUGCAGGAGUACCACAACCGCAAAGACAACCUGCAGAACCUGAAGAAGAGGGGCCUCGUCACCAAGGAUGGCAACGUUGUGUGCACUCUGAAAGAGUUCAAUGAGUACAGGCAGUACCUGACCAGGCUGAAGCUGGAGCAGGAGAAAAUCAAGAGGCAAAAAGAGGAAAUGUUUCUUCAGGAGAUCUCCAAAUUGAAGAAAUGUGCCCACAGACCAAUGGCAAGCACUGACAAGCUCCGGCCUCGUCCUGUGAAAUACAUUGUGGGCAAGAAAGCCAGCCCCAUGAAGCGUCACAAACCAGCUGGCCCUGCUCCUACAUGCCCUAAUCUCCAGGCUGGCCAACGCAGAAGAAGGAAUGUGGCGUUGAUGCAGCACAAACUUCAGGGAGACUCACCAAGCACAGGACGUGCAAUGAAGCUCCCUGAGAAGUUGCCCAAACCUGAGUUGGGCAGGGAAGACUCCAAAGUCCCCAGAAACAUCCAUACUGCUGCUGCCUCAAAAACAAAAACACAGUUCCCUGGAUAUUAUGAAUUCAGAGCAAUGUCUGAAAAAGAAGCAGAGAGACUUGAAGAGGAGACUGAGACUUUGUUGAGAGAAGUAAAAAGGAAGCUGAAGGCACUGGAUCAUCCUGUCCGCUCCUCAAGGAGGGCUCCCCAAAAGAGCAGUCAGAAAGUGCUUAGGAGUGCCAAAAGAGCAGAGCCUUCAAAGACGCCCCGUUUCAGUCAGGAGCAGGAAAUGGCACGGCUGGCUUGGGAUGCUGCAGAACAAAUACUGAAGGAAGUUUGUAAGUAGCAUUCAUUCGAAUCCAGCACAGCCAGUACGCCUGAGCCAAGGCCAGCAGCCAGGCUGUGG